UGGAACGUGUGACGUCAUCGCGUCAUGUACAUGUAUGUUGACUUCUCAAUACACAAUCUCAAUACACAUCCCACAACCUGACAGAUUUGUAAACAUCGCUGUACAAUCUGCGAGGAGGGAAACAACUACGCAAUGGAUUCAUGAUCUGUGAGGAAAUAUUUUUUACCACACACGCUGAGUACAGUCACAAUAGGCAGACAUUUACCAAUUAAGGAUGGCAUCUGCACUUGAGAGCUUGCAUGACCAUGACAUUGCGUCAUUCGUCUUCAUGGACCUUGAAAGCACAGAUCUACUAUGCACUCGAACACGUAUCACGGAGCUGUGCUUGGUAGCCGUCAACAGACUGGACCUUCAGGGGACAGGAAUAUUCCCAAGAGUGACCAAUAAACUAACCAUCUGCUUGGACCCAGUCAAGCCUGUUUCUGCUUCUGCCAGUGUAUUGACAGGUUUAUACAAUGACACUUUGGAAUGCCAGAAACCUUUCUCAUGUGAAACAGUGCAACUUCUUACCUGUUUCCUACAAAAUUUGGCCAAGCCAGUUUGCCUUCUAGCUCAUAAUGGAAAUAAGUUUGACUUUCCUCUGCUUAUGCAAGAGCUCAAGCGUAUCAGCAUGUCAUUAGACGCAACCUUACUAUGUGCUGAUACUUUAGAGGCAUUUCGUGCCUUGGACGGUUGGGAACCUGCAGGCGGAAAAGUUCCCUGCAUUUGUCAAUUCUGCAUACAAUGUAGAAACAAUCGAACCCCAAGCCGAGAACCAGUAAAGCCGGAACCUUUAGCUCCAAUGAAGAGAAAAUUGAUAAAUGGUGCAAGAUCGCAAGAUGAAAGAGUCAAGAUCCGAAGACUUGAAGAGCAGGUGAAUACUUCACCGGUUAGUCGAUAUCAGAGAGAACUGACAAUAAAUGAUACAAAUAACAAUGCUAGAAGGACUUUGGUAUUUGGAGCAGAACGUAAUGCUGAAAACUCUGAAGAAAACGUAGAUGGGAGAGACUUCCAGUUAUCAAAAGCAAGAUGCAGAAGAAAGCUCAGUUUUGGAGAUAAACAAAAAGAAACAAAUGCUGAAUUGGAAAAGGGUGAAAGCGGUGAAAAUUGUGUGCUAAAUAAGAUGCUUGAUGGAUCUGAAAAUGAAAGAAAACCCGGUGAAUUGGACAGUCAGUUUUCUGUUGGUAUGGAAGAUGACAUUUAUUUGGAAGCUUUGGAAAAUGUUGAAAAGCAACUUGGUAUUUCUGAGACUAAAGACAUUGAAUACGAAUCAUCUAAGCCUGAUCAAGAAGAAAAGAAGACUGACUUUGGUGUAAAAAAUAUUGAGACUGAAAAUGAUACAAACGCAACUCGUGAGUCAAAUCCAGCUGAAAACUGUAAAACAAAUACUACAGAAACUACUAGAAUAAAUGCUGGUUGCUUUGUAACAAAUGGAUCAGGGUAUAUUGUAGUUACUGGCAGAGUGGAGCAAAGUGAAAUUAAGUUAUCCACUGGUCCAAAAACAUUUGGAGAAGCUAACAUGAUGGAAGUCACUGAAGAAACAGUUGAGCAAGUUGGUGGUUCUGGUGAGAAUGUUACUGAACAUGAUAACAAUGUGAAGCAAGAACCUAACAGUAGUAGCCAGGCUCAGUCAAAAACCUCUCAGACAGAUACUGACUCUGAUUCAGAGGAUCAAAAUGAUCAAAAGCUUUUUGAAAAUCAAUCAAAGAACAAUGAAUCAACAAAUUCCAAUAAAACACCAGAAAGACAAGCAAACAGUGUAGCGAUAAAUGUACCAUCUGGGUCUCAAACAAAUCACUCACCCAGUUCCCCAUCACCACAAAAACCACCCUCGUACAAGCUGCAAGAAAUUUAUUUGAGAACAUUCGGCAAUAGGCCUCAACAAACCCAUAAAGCUGAGGAUGAUUGUGUCACUUUGGUCAAAAUUGCAAAAAAGACCAAAGACUUUAUUGUUUGGGUAAAUCUGCAUGCGAAACCAUUUUCGUCAUUUGCUAAUCAUUAAACUUUCAUGCAAGUUAAUUGAUUGUUAUUUGACAUACUGUUUUAAACUGAUAGCAAUUUUUGAAUCACAGACAUGUAACUUUGAUAACAAUGUUAAUUUGUUAAACGGUUAAAGCUGCACUCUCACAGAUUGAAUGUUUUGACGUUUUUUUUUGUCUUGGAAUGAGCCAAUUUUUGCAAAAAUGCAUGGAAACCAAUUAUUUAAGACUGCUGACAAAAAAGAGAUCGCAGCUUUAUAUACAUUGUAUUUAAGUUCCAAAUUGAUGUUUUAUGCUGUUUUCAUAAACGGCUAGUAACGGUUUGAGCCAUAAAACAUAAAUUUUGGUUUGAUCUUUUGUCAGCAAUCUUUUAUCAUUGGUUUGCAGAUAUUUAUGGAAAAAUUGGCUCUUUCUAAGACAAAAAAUAAAGUUGUAAAAAUGGUAUAUCUGUGAGAGUGCAGCUUUAAAUUAUUGAUACAGAUUGUUUUAAUUGGUUACUUAGAGAGCAGUGUUUUUGAGGACAGUCUUAAAAAUUAAUGAUUAUUCAAAACUGUACAUAUUGGCAUAAUCGUUUAGAACAUUGUUAAAAGUUGUUAACCUGAUUAACGACAUCGUUGUUAACUUUUCAAGGUGAAAUAUUUUAUGACACAUUCAUACAGCUAAAAUGGGUGGAUCAAUUUUAAUUUCAGAGCAAAAUAUUUGAAAGUUAAAAAAGAUGACAUUAACAAAUUGGCCCAUUGUCACUUAAUGUGGCUGUUGAAUUGUGCUUCAAUGCUUGUCUUUUGCUUGUACAUGUAUAUUCCUUAUAAGGAUUUUAAAAAAAAAUAUUUUUGAGAUCUUAAAUUUUUUAAAAUUUACAUUUACUUGUGCAUAUAUAAUGCUUAACUUUAUUUAACAAGCAUGCUUGUUAAAGCUGCUUAUUAUUAACCUUGUUGUUGCUAUUUCAUAUAUUUAUGGUAUUUUACAAUUUUUAGAGAUAUUAUUGUGUUUCUUCACGCCAAACAUGUAUACGAUAUAUUGUUGAAUUUGCUUUUAUACUGCAUUUUCCUUCUUUUUUUGUUAUAUGACAAGGCAUGUGAUGUUUACUGCAUGCAUGGUUCAUUUACAGCUUGAAUGUUUUCUAUAAUACGAUUUAUACAGAUUUUGUAGUGAAAUAAAAAUGAUAUUACACUGUCUCAAACUGUGAAUUUUACAAAUUGAUAUUUUUUAUUGUUUUGAUAUAUUAGCUAAUUCUCACUUCCAUUCAGCGCAUAUAGGGCUGGAAUGGCAAUUUUAAUGACGUUGCUCCAGAAAAGAUGUCUUGUUCGCAUACAAAUUGGCACAUUUAAAAAAAAAAAAAAACUACAAUCUCAAAAAUAAUUACUUGGCUUAGAAUAAAAACGCAAUAUGCCCGUUUUAUUUGAAGAUCUCAAUAUAUUUUACCGCAAAAACCCCAAAGCAAAUAUUUCACUCAAGACUUCCAGUAAGCCACUUAUGCAAUAUAGCUUUUGGUAAUCACUCGGUGAAAUAUAUUAAGAUAAUACACUGAAGCAAGUAAUUAUCUUCGAAAUUAUAUUUAAAACACCACUAUGAACAGUCCCAUAACUGUAUGUUGUGUGGCUAUAAACUUGUGUAUACUUCAUUAGUGCAUUUAACAUGUUCUUGUUUUUUAUUAUUACAUGAAGCUAUUCAAUAUCUUGAACUGAUAGACACAUUAUAAGGUUGUAUUCUUUUUAAGGAUAGAAAAUAUCACUUUUGUUCUACUUUUGUUUUGUAUCAUUUACGCAAUAACCCUUGUUCUUAAAAUAAACGAUGAAAACAG